GCAGUUUUGCACGGUAUACGCGAGACGUCAUAUGAUGCAUACGUUACCAACGUAUAUUAUUGAGUUAUUGUGGUGUAUGUUGGUAUAAUGUAUGGCUAGCAGUAGAACUAGAAGUCAGUGUUCAAGACGACGAUUUAAAGAAAAUGGGGAAUCAGCUGGUUGGUAUAGCCCCAUCUCAGAUAUUUCCCGUUGAACAUUAUUUGACGGAUCAUGCAGAUUUGCAAUUCGAUGUAAAUCUGGGCAGUACACGAUUCCUCAAAGUGGCAAGAGCCCGUACACAGGAGGGUCUGAUUGUGGUGAAAGUGUUCGCUAUUCAUGACCCAACACUGCCACUAACACCACACAAGGAGAAAGUUGAAGAGAUCCGCAAGAAGCUUGCAUCAGCAGUUAACUGCCUCCCCUUUCAAAGAGCUGUGCUGACAGAGAAAGCAGGAUUUAUCAUGCGUGAAUAUGUCAAGUAUAGCUUAUAUGACCGUAUCAGUACACGCCCAUUCCUGACUGACGUUGAGAAGAGAUGGAUUGCAUUCCAGGUCUUAUAUGCUCUUCACCAGUGCCACAAAGUGGGGGUAUGCCAUGGGGACAUCAAACUUGAGAACAUUCUGAUUACAUCAUGGAAUUGGGUGCUACUAGCAGACUUCGCUUCUUUCAAACCUACAUACUUGCCCGAGGACAACCCUGGCGACUACUCAUACUUUUUUGAUGCGUCACGGAGACGGACAUGUUACAUUGCUCCUGAGAGAUUUAUACAGACACUAAACCCAGAUGGUUCUAGUCAAGUGUUAUUGCCGGAAGAGAGCCUACGCAAGGGAGACCUCACCCCAGCCAUGGAUAUCUUCUCAGCUGGCUGUGCUCUGACCGAGCUUUUCAAUGAAGUGCAUGAUGCUCCAUUUGAUCUUUCAGAGCUGUUAGCAUACUGUUCCAGUGAGGACAAUGACUUUAAACAUCUAGACAAUUUGGAAGAUCCAGAUAUAAGGGAAUUGAUUCGCAACAUGUCUGAACGGGACCCAGCUUGCAGACAGUCUGCUGAAGCGUACCUAGCCCAAGAACGUAAAAGAGUUUUUCCAGAGUACUUCUACUCAUUUCUGCAGUCAUACAUGCACAUGUUCUCUGCUCCACCUAUAAUCUCCCCUGAUGAGAAGAUUUCCAGGCUGAGAAAUGAUAUGCAGAACAUUAUCCAGAUAGUCAGUUCUGACACAAGCAAAAAGAAAGGGAGUGUUGGGAAUGGCGAUGGAGAAAAGAAGGAAUGUAAAGAAGAUGGUGAACAUGGUGAGAAGACAGAAGCUGAUGGUCUCGUUAUCAUCACUGCUUUGGUUACAUCCUGUAUAAGAGGUUUACAUUACUGCACAUCCAAACUACAGUGUCUGGACAUGUUGCUUGAAUUAGCAGCGCACACUUCCUCUGAGACAAUCUUGGAUCGCAUCCUCCCAUAUGUUAUGCAUCUGGUUCAUGAUCCAUUUCCUCGUGUUCGUGUGAGAGCAAUACAUACUCUCACCAGUUGCUUGGAACUUGUGAAGUCUGUUCCUUGCAGUGAUGCAAAUAUAUUUCCUGAGUAUGUGUUGCCUGGUCUUGCAGCGGUGACAACAGAUGAGGCGAUGGUUGUUCGGGCAGCAUAUGCAGAGAAUAUUUCCCGACUGGCCAAGACAGCAAUGCGAUAUCUAGACCAAUGUCAUCCCAAGAUGCAAGUCACAGAUCAUGGGGGAGGACCUCCCCCAAGCUAUGAGUCAGAACUGCAAACAUUGCAUGAGAUGAUACAGCAGGCAGUUGCCAUGCUCCUCACUGAUCCAUGCAACCUGGUGAAACAGACACUCGUGGAAAAUGGAAUUACAGAGCUCUGUGUGUUCUUUGGCAAACAGAAAGCUAAUGAUGUAUUGUUGUCUCAUAUGAUCACAUUUCUUAAUGAUAAGGAGGAUAAACAGCUGCGGGCUUCAUUCUUCAAGUGCAUCAUUGGAGUAACGGCAUAUGUGGGUUGGCAUUCAUCAUCCAUACUAACACCUCUGUUGCAGCAGUUUUUGUUUCAGGGUCUUACAGAUCCAGAGGAAUUUGUGGUUGUCAAAGUGAUAGAAGCUAUGACAUCCCUUACUGCUUCUGGUCUCCUACAGAAGUUGAGUUUGUAUGAUCUCCUGCGUGAUGUGGCAUGCUACUUGGUUCAUCCAAACUUAUGGAUACGACAGGCUGUGGUCGGCUUCCUGAGCUCAAUGGCACGUGUGCUGGACCUAGUGGAUGUGCAGUGCAAGGUGAUGGUGGCAAUACAGCCAUAUCUGCGUCACCAAGUGAUUCAGGCUUAUAGGGAGGAAUUGCUUCUUAAUGCUCUUGUCCCACAUAUACCUCGAGUGGUGUUUGACAGUGUAAUACGAUGUUCAGACAUUGACUCACUUCUAGAAACACUAGAAGAACGUCAGCGAGCUCGUGGACUAGUAGAUGCAGGGCAUGUACCCCAGAAUUUUGAUCCCCACCCUGCACUAAAAAAUUUAUUCCGUCGUUUGAGUUCUCAGGGCAUGACAGAUUUUGUGGAGGAACAAUUGCUGUCCAUGUCCUGGCACAUAAAAAAAAUUCAUCGUCAUCGAAUUGGCUCGGAUACAAAUAAGGCUGCCAAUAGGAUGCCAGAUGGCAAGAUUGACCUGCUCAGUUUGAAAGUCCCUGUGCCGUGCCAUUCCAUUGUACUUCAGCCUCUCUCUAAACCAGAUAAUAUGGCUUCUUUAAUUCAUGCCAGAAAAGUUCAAAGGACAAGACGUUCAGUGGUUGCUAGUGACUCACACCUUACAACAAUGAAUGAGGAAUGGCAGCACAUGUUUGGUGGAACUCCAGAGUCACAUAGUCAACAUCGACUCUCUGACACUGGCAGUAUGUCCCCUCCAAAUGGCACAAGUGCAGUAGGUGAUAUUUACGCUUCACCACAACACAGCAUAGACACUGAUCAUACAAGCCUACAUGAACGUUCCUAUAUUGAGUAUCGAUCGGCUCCGUGCCGGUCAGAACUACAGGAGCUGUCUCGCAGGAAACAGGAACUACACACUGUAGCAGUUAGGGGCAGAGAGUGGGCAGAGCAAGUAGCAUGGAGGUCACCAAUGCCACCACCCAGCUGGAGGCUACGAGGCUCAUUGGUGGCUCAUUUGCAUGAACAUAGGGGAGCUAUCAGCAGACUUGUGGCCAUUCCAGAAACACCACUGUUUGCAAGCAGUGCAAGUGAUGGGUGUAUUAGAGUGUGGGACUGUGGUAAGAUGGAGGGCCGCAACAUUGCCAACCGCUCCCGCCAGGUGUUUAAUCGUCAGGCUGGUCCACUAGUGGGGCUGGCAGUCUGUGAGAAUAACCUGUCAUUAGCAUCUGCUUCACUCAGUGGUUCUGUGUUUGUACUCAGAAUUGAGGCCAAUAGCAACAAGAUGUCAGUGUUGCAGUCCAGACAGCUUGACCUACAGGAAGAUGGCUUUGCAGUUGAUAUAAACUACCUGGACGCAGGGGCUCAGUCUGUGCUAGUGUAUGCAACCAUGUAUGGAUCAAUAGUGGGGUGGGACUUAAGGUCACCUGGUACAGCAUGGAAACUGGACAGUGACUUAAAGCGAGGACUGAUCACUUCGUUCUGCCUGGACCCACAUCAGAGCUGGCUGGCAGUUGGUACUAGCAGUGGCUUCCACAUCUGCUGGGACUUGCGCUUCCAACUGCCCAUAUCAACCAUUGAUCAUCCAGUUUCAGGUACUCGGAUACGGCGCUUGAUAUGCCAUCCGACAGAACAGUCUUGUGUCAUGUCUGCUGUGCAUGGAAACAAUGAGGUAUCUGUUUGGAACCUGGAGACACACUGCAGGCAGACUGUCUUGUGGGCAAGCAGUUCUCCCCCUCUCACACACACCACUACAAACAGUCACAGUGUAUGUGCAAUGUAUGCAAGCAGUACAGACCAGUCACCCUUCCUUUUAACUGGGGGUACAGACAUGCGCUUGCGAUAUUGGGAUCUGGACACUCCAUCAGAUUCAUACCUUGCAGUUCCAGCUGCUAAUGAUUCGUUAGGUUCUACGUCAGUGGCUUACAAGUCACGUGUGAUAGAUGGCACUAAUGUAAUAUUUGAAGUGCCUGUAAAGCCUCGUGCAGGUCAAGGAUCUAACAUUCGAGGAGGGGAGGAGUCUCCUAGGCCAGGUCCUGAUCAGCCACAAGCAGGGCACCAUGACUGGAUCAGUGAAAUUGCAUUGUGCCAAGCAUCACAAUGCUUCCUACUAUCUGGAUCACGAGAUGGGGUCAUCAAGGUCUGGAAGUGAGAACACAGUGAGUGAGAGGCAAUUGGCCAUGGGUUGAAGAGGACCUGGUGAUUUUUGGAUGAUUGCUGCACUCCUAAGAAGUGGAAGAGAAAGAUCGAUAUACAUCUGAUGCAUUCAUCUUCAUGCAUAAUUUUUAAUUGCUAAUGCUCAGUAUGAGUAAUUAUGAUCUCUCUUCAAAUCUAAUACCAUGUAUGGUAAAUAAAUAUUUAUAUGUAGACAUACUAGAAACA